ACGCGAUGGAGGAGGUGAAGAACUUCAAUAGAGGUAGAGGCAGUGGAGAUUGGAGAAGGAGCCAAACGACGUCGUUGGCGAAUCUAAAUACAAAGUAAACUCGGCCAGUCUCUGUUGUCCCUCAGCUCAAGUCGCUCACAGCCUUCUCUUCUUCGUUGCCGCACCUGCCUUUGUUGAAUAAGAGUUUGAUGCUGUUGCGUUUUCAGUUUCAUUCUUGGGCUUUGAAAUGAGGCUUUUUUGUAUUUUUCAUUUGGUUUGACAUUUGUGGGGAAGGCAGGUCUAAAUUGUAAACUACAAGGCUAGUCUGGGAGCUGUAUAUGCUCUUCUUGUCCUGGAGUUCAUAUUUGUAACAUGGAUUUACUUCAAGUUAGGGGAAUUCCCGGCCUGGGAGAUGUGUAAUAUAGCAGACAGAUGGAAACAAAACUGAGAGACUCUAAUUUAUAAAAUUUUGCCGAAAGUAUAUGUAUGUAUAUAGAUAUAUCUUCUACUUGUAUUUAUGUCUUAGAAUGUAUGCCCCUACAUAAUAAUCAACCUUUAAUCACGUAGAGAUGAUGUAGAAUUGAAGGAACUCAUGCUUGAGUUAAGUCAUUUUUGAUGGUCUGUUGGGAGAAGUUUCACAUUGGUUUUGAUUCUCUUUUGGGAAGACGUUGGUUCUGAGGCUUUAGGUCUUGUUCUAUAAGUUUUAAAAUACCCCAUACUAAAGCGGCAUAGCCUUAAAUUGUGUUUUUAUUAGCAAAGGAGCAAUAAAGAAAUUUCCCAUAUGAGUAAAUAGUUUCAAUGGAUGAAUAGUAACUGAACCAAACAAAGUAACAAUUGAAGAUGAUUGAACUAAUAACCUAUAUAUAUAUGUGUGUGUGUGUGCGCGUGCCUUUUUAACUCAGAAAAAAAUAUUGUUUUGUUUCCUACAUAUGUAUACUAUGAUUUUCUGUAUAACUAUCAUUAUGAGGCAGUGCUAGAGGAAGGAAGAAAUGGUGGCUAGGAUGGUGAUGGUGGGGCCGUAUGUGUCGAGCUCUGCCAUCAAUAGCCUUUGCGCUCUAAGUCGAGCUAUACCAACCUAUUUACCAUUAGAGCAUGAAAUUGUUAAUGAUAGAGCAAGUGUAAAAUUUGUAAGGAAAGGGACACUACAGAAAAACAGAGUAGUCUGACAUAAAAAUUACGGGGCACAUUAAUGCACGUUGUUGAUGUAGUGCAGGCCUCACAAACUGUCAAUGAAGUGAAACUUUAAUUAUUAACGGUGUGCUUUUCCCUACCUGCCAUAAAUUGUAUUAUUGUAUUUGCUAAUUCACGAUGCCGGAUUGUUACAACCUCUAGCAGAUGGUUUGAAAUUCUCUCUUCUAAAGCUCAGAGGCUCUUAUGAAUAGUAAAAUCCUUCAUAACAGUGUUCUUUCAAUUUUUCCCCCAACUCCUGCUUGGCUGCACUGCUUUGUUUGUGCGUUGUAGUUUUUAGUCAACGGGGGGAGGGAGGGAGGGAUUUGAAGCCCUUCCUUUCAUUUUCCUCUCCGUACCAGUACUAACCAUUCACCAGCACCAAAAUAUGUGACCUUCACAAACUCAUAAACUCUUUGGGAUUCUCCAAAGAACACAUUUUGAAAGUUUAAUUGGCUCAAUUUUAAUAGGAAGCAUUCAAUAAUAUUAUUCCAGGUACUUUUCUUCCCUAGAGUUGGACUUUCAAAACUGACCUUUGUGAUUUUUGUAAAAAGUUGAUGUUUGCAUACCUUGUCUACUUGAGUUUGAGACAAUUUGGUUCUUAUUGAUUUUGGUUUGUUUUCAGUAUUAAUUGGUGUUUGUUACAUGUGUUGAUCGAGAUUUUGCAAAUUUCGGGAUGAAAUUUUUAUAAGGAGGGGGAGAAUGUGUUUACUUGUAUUUUUAUCUUUGAGUGAAGACUUUUUAAUAUGUACCAUUUUUAUCUUUUAUUGUGGUAUUUCUCAUUUUAGAAUUUCUGAAAUAUAUAUAUAUAUAUAUUAUAUAUGUGUGCAUUUAUAUUUAUAAAUAUAUUUUGAUUAUUUUAUUUAUGUUUUAUUUUAGUGGAACUGUAUUGUUUUCUUUUUAAGUUAAGAGAUAAGAAGGGCCGGUGUAGGGAUAUAGCACUAAAACCCACGGGUAGGGGUACCCGUAGGUAAUUGUUCAGAGAGGUUAACGGGUAUGGGUAUUACUGUAUUAGUUUAUGGUACGGUUAUGGGUAAUUACAAAAUACCCAUAUAAAACCAACUCGGGUAUGGGGUAAUAGUAAUACCCGUGGGUACCCAGAUUUUACCCAAAUACCCAAAAUUGUUGUUUUUGAAAAUUAAAGCCGCGAUUCAAUUUAGGGUUUGUAUCUUCUCAAGUCUCAACCCUGUCUCUUCUCUCUCCAUUCUUCAUUCUCAACCUUGCCGGAGACCAGAUUCCCCGGCAAAAAUCCAUUCCUCGGUCUCUAGUUUGCGCUGCGAGCAAGACUGAACUCUCCCUCUACUGAGCAGGCUCGGGUGUGUUCAAUUAUACUUUUUGCUUCAUCCAUAUUGAUUGAAUUAGCAGUAUGGUCAUGAUUUCUAAUUGGGGUUUUGAUUCUGUAUAGUAGUUAUGUUCUGAAAUGUUCAUCUUCAGCUGCUUGUUUUAUUGAUUAUGUAAAAAAAUUGAUAUUUGCUUAUGCUCCAAUGGGUUUGUUGCUCUGCUCUGUUGGGCAGGUUCUGGUUGUUUAUCUGUUUUAGUUUUAAUAGUUGUGAGCUAUCAUGUUUUUGUAUUUGCUAGUUUGAUUGUGUUUAGUUUUCUGCAGUGGGUUUUGACAUUGGGGGUUUUGUUACUACUCUAUAUGAUUCUGUAUUCAUUUAAUCUUCUCUUAUUCAAAUUCUGAGGUUUUGCUAUUUCGUUUCUGAAUAUUGGAAUCUAUCACAUGGAAAAUGUUCUCUUAGAAGACCCCAUUUCGGAUGUGUCCAAUAUUCAUCAUCUAGAUUUGUCUUUGUUCUUUUAGCUCCAUACUUUCAGGUGAUAGAUUAGUCUUUAGUUGUAAGGGGGAAAAGACGCGAGCAAUUGGAAAGAGAUUAAUGAAUUUAAUGUCAGACUAUCAGCUUAGGUUGGCAUCGUUGUUGCAUUCCUGCUGCAAUAAGGAAAUGAAUGGAAUAUUCAAAACUUCUCUGCUGGAUUUUCCUUUUUUUAUUCUUUUUUUUUUUUCAGAAUAUAAUUCAGAGAACGUUUCCUUGUUUUUCUCCUUGUACCAAGUACCAACAACGUCCAGGAGAGAGUCAGACAUGAUUUGCACGGCCAAGCUUCGAAAGGACGAAUACCCACAAAACCAAUUGGACCAGGUUUAGUGAUGAAUGCUGAAUUUCUUCAUUGGGUGAAUGCCUACAACUGAAGUCAGAUUUUGAACAAGAGACAUCCCCUACGCUUAUCUUACAAAAAUGAUGCAGGAAUUGUCAACCAUCAAUGACCUACCUGCGACUAAUGUGGAACUGGAACCGGAAAAGAUAGAAGAUGGGAAAGAUGGAGGUCCUUCAUUCCACUGUAAACUUUACAGCACAGAAUUAGUCCACAAGAUAGCUCAGGUUUUCAUUCCUGGAUUAGCUACUGCAUGUGUUGAUAACACAUCUGGUGAUAUCUUCAAGAUCCCUGCUUCUGUGGCCGCCGAUGUGAGAAAGGAAAUGGUGGAGUAUAUCACUCAAAGAAGUGAGAAUUUUGUUGCAGAAUCUGUUAUCCUAGAAGGGGGCCAAGAUGGACAAGUUUCUGAUCAUCCCUAUGACAUAAUUUCUGAUUUUGUUGAUGACUUUGCAAGUUCCAAGAGAAAUUUGUUUAGUCGGGUUUCAGGAUGGCUGCUCAGUGAAAAGAGAGAAGAUAAAAUAGAUGAUUUUAUUCAAGAGAUGGAAAUAAAUGGGUUUUGGUUGGUUGAUAAAAGAGAAACAAUAGCACAGAAUUUGCUAAAGAAUGUCGACCUUAAGAAUGAGCAUCACUGCAAUAUGAAAUUUCACACCCCAGAGGAGCUUGAAGCGCAUGUUCUAAAGUGUAGCUAUAGGUCUAUGAGUUGCAUACAUGAAGGAUGUAAUGCCAUAUUUUGUGCAAGUCAGGUGGAUAAACAUGAUGCAGUUUGCCCCUUCAAGAUAAUUCCAUGCGAACAAAACUGCUCCGACAUGAUCAUGAGACGUGAAAUGGACAGACAUUGUAUUACCAUCUGUCCAAUGAAGCUUGUUAGUUGUCCGUUCUAUGCAGUGGGUUGUCAAUCCCCGGUACCACAUUGUAAGCUUGAGCAGCAUCGUUCAGAUGAUCUCCAUUCUCACAUGCUGUUUGUUCUACAAAGUAUUCAUAAGGAAGUAUCUAUGGAAGAUCUGAAAAGAAGGCUGGAGCAACUAAAAGACGCAUCUUCAUCCAAUAACUUGGCACUAGCUCGAGAUGUGAGAUCACUAACCUCUGCAGUCAAGGAUCUUGAAGCAAAACUAGGGCCGAUGGAAAUUAGCAGGAAACACCAUGAGGAUCUUGAAGCAGAACAUGGGCCAGAGGAAGUAGGUAGCAAAAGCAAAACUCCAGAGGAUGUGGAAUCAGGGCCAAAAGAAGUGAGCAGCAAACCCCCUGAGGAACUCGAGAAAUUAAGUGACAAAGGAAGUGAGAUGUGAAACUCCCGGUGGAGCUUGAAGCCAAACUACGGACAGAGGAUGUAAACCUACCAAGGAUGUUGAAACAUAACUAGGGCUGAAGGAAGUGAGCAGCAAAGACGAGAAUAGUGAAGAGUAUGGAAACCUCUAUUUCUGAAAAGUGUGAGAGGAAGCUCAAACAUAAACGAAAUGUCUAAAUUCAUCUGUUGAGUAUGAAGUUUCACCAAACCUCAUUUACAAAUUAAAGAGCAGGAAGUCCGGUUAGAAACUGACAACAUCUGUAACUGCCAUCUUGAUUACCAAUUGGUAUGAUUUUUACAUAAAAUACUUUGAGAUGAGCUUUUUGUGUCCUUUUGUUUGUUCCAGUACACCAUUAACCUUUUUUUUGUAAACAAUAGAAAUGUUGUGAAAAAUUAAUGCAUUUUCUGUUGGAAUAUUUGUCUAC